AACGCCAUAUUACUACAAUAUUUCUCAUCAUCAUCAGCUUACUACAACGCUCGUCUAAUACUCGCUUAUGCUAGCUCUCUUGGCUCGCACAUAUAUUUUACUAUAAAUAGCUCUAUCUUUUGUAUGAAAUAGAUAUAUUAGAUAGGGCAUGGAUAAUAUAACAAGCAGAUCUUGAUACACAUAAGAUUCAUAUGUCUUCAACAUAUUCAUCCGUGACACCCAUUCCGACACGAUGUAAGUUAUGCGUGACCCCAAGCUUGGCAAGCGGAUAAAAAAAACAAAUAAUAAAACGUAACUUACGGUUUAGUAGGAAGAAACAUAAUUUAGUCUCCAUUUAACCGAGUAACUACCUUGUUCCACUCUAAUAAUAACAAACCAACCGUUCUGUCUGUCUGUCUUGUCUGUCUUGUCUGUUGUUGCUCCAAGGGAUGCGCCUGGUUGGCUAGUUAACCUACCUAGGGUAAAUAGUUAGUUAACUAAUUAAUCGGGUUCCAGGGCAGGACGCGACACGCCGGAAAGGGUUGUGCGGAACGCGUUCUUCAGUGAUAAGCUUGGAUAACCACCACAUCAAAUCUUGCCCUUGGAGCAGCGGAGCACGCAGCAAAAGCUCUCAAUGGAACAUUGAACAGUCAAAAUUUGGCAAUGUCUGCCUUCGUGAUACUAAAAUAAUGGCAAGAAAAAGAAAACGGCCCUCCAACGACCUCCCUGUACCCGGAUUGCCAAAACACGCUCGGGGCGACAAGCCUCAGGAUGGAUCAAUAUACCAUCCAGUGCUUUCUCUUUACUACCCUCGAGUGGUAACACUCAGGACCUUUCUCUACGAACAGCUGCCAUUGUCGUCCAAGUCGCGAAGGAAAAAAGUCGCGUCUCUCGGCCAGGAGAAACGGGAAGGCUCUAGCCAACCCCCCUCCUAUUCCCUCUCUCCCUCCAAAGUGGGCGUACGGGUUGAAAGAACCAAUGAAGAAAUCCAGAACCUUGCUCGGACCCUGGACUCAACCCUGGUGGGCAUUCUGAAAGAGCCAGACAGCGCUGUUAAUAUUUCCAGGCAGAAAGAAUUUACCGCUUUUACUCAAUCGCAAGCCCGUUCCUCGCUGGAAUGCACUGACAUUGGCGCCACUACCUCCCAAUCAGAUAUCGUGGAUUUCGCUAUCCUUAGUCUGUUUAAUAGAUAUCGCGGCUCUUUUUAUAGACCACCGCAUUUACUCUGCCAUGGAUUCCAGAGGGCAACUAAUCAAUGUCUCCCAAACCACGAACAUGAUCCGAUGUCAGGGAUCAGUGGCCUCGUCCCACAGUAUCCAAAUAAAAAUGUUUCGAUACUCAAGAACUCCCCCUGGACUGAUAUCCUAGGCCUCCUAGGGAGGAGCUGUGAAGAAAUUAUGCUUCAUUUACUCCUGGACUGCAGCGUAUUUAUCGAAGUACAUGAGAAAAAGCAUAGCUUUUAUCAAUUGAGUGGAAUAUCUCUGUCGGAACUCAACCCUCUGGAACCGAUAUCCCACACCAAGCUUCAUCAGGGCGCAUCGGGAGAGGCCAGAGCAGUUGUAGCAGCAAGGUCCCUUCUACCAGCUCAUAACGCUCCGCACACCCCGGCAACUAUUACUUUUGUGAGAAGCCGUAUGCUUUAUGCGCGCGCUGCAUUUAAUGCAAAAGGACGAGUCCGAUUCGGCCUGAGGCAUAUCCAUGUUUUGAAUAGAUAUCCAAAGAGCGAUAACCGGGACCACACAUUGCACAUAUUGAAAUACAUUUUUCCACGCCAAUUCGGUCUGCAUAAUGUUUUUACUUCCAGCGUGAAUUCUAAGGAAACUUCUCAGCCAUUCAAGGACUAUACUCUGCGUGAGGAAGAGAUAUCACGCUGCAGGAACAAAAAGAAUCGUCCCCCAAAGCCCCAUAAAAUAUCUAGCGAAAUUGAUGAGAAGGUUCCAAAACGACUACGUGGUGACCUUUUUGUCCUAAUUCAGAAGUUGCAAAAGCGUCAUCAGCGGUGCCCUUAUGCUGAGCUUUUGCGCUAUUACUGCCCAGUCGAGAACAUAGGUCCACCGACUCUGAGCCUUGCAGGGUUACCUUCUUCGAGUUAUGACAACGCGAGUACCUCAACACAGCUAGUUACCCAUAAAGAAGAAGUGACUCUCACCCUGCCAUCUUACCAUGUGCAGCCAUUGAACAAAGCCCAAAUACCAGGGAGCAAAUCAAACCACAACACACAAUCGGAUGUUACAUUAACCCAAAAGAAACCACCUUGUAAACUGCAAAUGACAGAUUAUGCUACCCCACCCACCGCGGUAUCCGCAUUUUGCCGGGGUGUGUUGCUGAAACUCAUACCCAAUGAGUUGUACGGAUAUGGAAACGAUGGAAUUAAGAAUAGAGACAUUAUCAUGCGCCACGUGGAUAGCUUCGUGCAAUUGCGUAGGUUCGAGAGUUUAUCAUUACAUGAAGUUUCACAGGGAUUGAAGAUCACUUGUGUCAAAUGGCUGCAGCCCCCAUCCCGCACGGGAAUCCAGGAACUCCCGUCCGUUAAGCUUUCGCCUUCAGAUAUCCGUAAAAGGACGGAGAUAUAUCUUGAAUUUGUUUACUACGUAUUCGACUCGAUUCUCAUACCACUGAUUCGCUCAAACUUCUACGUCACAGAAUCUGGCGUCCACCGUAAUCGUUUGUUCUACUUUCGUCAUGACACAUGGCGGCGGCUUGUAGAGCCAUCAAUUGCUCAACUCAAGCUCUCCACCUUCGAGGAGGUCCAAAAGGAAACUGCGGAGCAGAUUUUAAGCAGACGCAAUUUGAGUUACAGUCUUUUGAGAUUGCUUCCAAAGUCAUCUGGCGCACGACCUAUCGUUAACCUAAGGCGGAGACCUGUUCGGAAGUGCGGGUGGGGAGGGUUGAGCGAGCUGGGGCCUAGCAUCAAUUCUAUCAUGACGCCAGCGUUCAAUAUACUCAACUACGAGAAAACGCAGCGUUUGGGGAUGCUUGGUGCCACAAUGUUCUCUGUAGAUCAUAUCUACUCUCGGCUGAAGGCUUUCAAGGAGAGUAAGGUACCACCCAACUCGGCAAGGACCGAACCUUUUUACUUUGUGAAAUUGGAUAUCCAAUCGUGCUUUGAUACCAUCCCACAAAAACGGCUAAUUCAAUUAACCAAAAGACUACUUGCUGAGGAUGAUUAUCUCGUAACCAAACAUGUAGAGAUCAGACCUCCAGGGGAAGCUCUAACAGGUGUCCCCGUUCUCCGUCAGACGAAGGCCAAACCGGUAAGGAAAUUUAUAUCUAAAGCGGCGGGUUUUGCUGAUUUCACGAGUCUACAUGACACUGUUGUUGGCAUAGAGAGUAAGAGCAAAAGACAUACCGUCUUCGUCGAUACUCCGACCUACAAAAAGCAUCAGAAGAGGGAUAUCAUCCGCCUUCUCCAAGAACACAUUGAGAACAAUCUGGUGAAAAUCGGCAAGAAGUAUUUUCGGCAGAGGACGGGUAUUCCGCAAGGAUCUAUCGUUUCGACAUUGCUUUGUAACUUUUUUUAUUCCGAAUACGAACGGGAGAAGCUUGCAUUCCUUGAUGGCGACGACGCGCUCCUCCUUCGCCUCAUAGACGACUAUCUCCUCGUCACGACGAAGCCUGAGCUUGCCGUCAAAUUCCUGCAAGUCAUGCUUGAGGGAAAUGAGGACUAUGGCAUUUCCGUAAACCCAGAGAAAAUCCUGGUGAAUUUUACGACCACAAUUGAUGGACGCAAGGUCCCGCGACUCCUUGGGCCCUCUCAACGUCAGUUCCCAUAUUGUGGAAAUGUGAUUGACACAUACACACUUGCUCUCACCAAGGAUCGCACACCGAAGCAUCCCAGCCUUACCACCUCAGAUGCGUUAACAGUCGAGGCCACCAAGUCCCCCGGCCUCUCGUUUUACCGCAAGACCCUUAAGUCAUUUAAAAUCCAGGUCCACGCCAUGUUCCUCGACACGAAGCAUAACCCACCUUUGGUAGUGCUAGCAAAUCUUUACCAGAGCUUCUUCGAAUCAGCCAUGAAGCUGUAUGAGUAUACACGCUGUCUUCAUCUACGCAGUCUACAACGGGGAGAUAGCGCAAUGGUGUCCUCAUCUCUUCUUAUCCGGACAAUCUCAGCGCUCAUGGAAGCGCCCCUCCACCUCACACAAUCGCUCAAGUCGAAUGCAUCCCGGACGGGCUCGCGGUUUGAGAGCAGCGCGACAAGAUCACAGACACGCUGGCUUGCAGCUACUGCGUUUCGGACGGUGCUUGGUCGCAAACAGACCAAGUUCAAGGCAACGCUACGUUGGCUUGAUGCGGUGAGUCGGGAGUCGCGGCCGAUGACAGAUGGGGAAGCGGUGAGGUUGUGGAAGGCGGUCAGAGCGAGCGGAACUCGGGAAUGCUAAUGCGCAGUACAUCCGUUGCCCCACAUGAUUUAUGAGCCGCACGUAAUGAACAUGCUCUAGAAAACGGGCGUAUAGAUAGUGUAGUUUAACGUGAUGUUUAGUUGCUUUAUAACUUAUACUUGGACUGUCGAUAUGCAUCUUGUCGGCUACAGUGUUAGGUGGAAGGUUUUUCCAUUCAUGUGAAGCAAGCUCGAGGGUCUAGAAGCCGUUUUGUAGGCGUGGCCCAUCCGGCUUGAACCCUCCCGAAGACCCCCUCUGCUAGCGUUCCUGGCCCGCGAAACGCCUGUUCUCUUAGAAGCUCACGGGCCACCAUCACCACCAGGCUUUGCCGACGAAGCAAACGUUGCCCAGGUGGCAUCAUCGGCUUCCUUCUAUUAUUAACUAGGGCGCCUUGUGGGAAAUGUAUGGAAUGGACGAGUUGUCCAAUAGAUGGACCCAUCCACAAAAUACUCCGUCCUCCCUACAAAAUUAGCAAUGGCACGAACUUUUUUUGUGGGGGGAAAUUAUACAAGCAAGUUAUAUCUUACAGUGCUGAGCCGAGUACUAAACAUAGUAAGUCACAGAAAUUGAAAAGCAGGUAAAAAUAAUAAUAUCUGGAGCUGGAAAGUUGCCGAAGUAGGAAAUUAAGGCCUUGGUUAGUUGGGAUGUAUUUACCAGUGCCACUUUGCUGCCCAAAACCUGGCUGGGGCCUUGAAGAGCCGAGCCAAUAGUUACCAGCC